AUGGGGACAGCGCCCUGUCUGCUCAAGGUGGCACCGCGGGGACACGGGGGGUGGCAGGAGGACACGGGGGGUGUCAGGAGACUCGAGGGGUGGCAGGGGGACACCCCCAGCCUCACCCAGGGACUCUGCUCUUCCCAGACCAAGGACUGGUGGACGUACGAGUUCUGCUACGGGAGGCACAUCCAGCAGUACCACCUGGAAGAGUCUGAGAUCAAGGGUGACAUCCUCGUCCUCGGCUAUUACCAGUCCGCCUUUGACUGGGACGACGAGACAGCCAAGGCCUCCAAGCAGCACCAGCUGAGGCGGUACCACAGCCAGAGCUACGUCAACGGCUCCCGCUGCGACCUCACCGGGCGCGCCCGCGAGGCCGAGGUUCGGUUCCUGUGUGAGGAGGGUGCCGGGGACUACAUCGCCCGCGUGGACGAGCCGCAGUCGUGCUCGUACGUGCUGACGGUGCACACGACGCGCAUCUGCCACCACCCGUUCCUGCGGCCGGCCCCGGGGCUGGCCCCGCAGCCCAUCCGCUGCCAGCCCGCCCUGUCCCCUGCCCAGUACGUGCAGUACGUGCGUGCCCAAGUCUCUGACACCAAGCGGAAGGUGGAGGAGAUCUCGGAGGAGCUGCGGACGCUGGACACGCGCCUGUGGAGUGACAGGGACAGCGAGCCCCCCUCACAGACCCCUGAGGGCAGCCAGGCUGGGAACCAGCCAGACCCAGCCCAGGAUGUGACAGUUGGGGACCAGGAGGCCACAGUCACAGCCAGCGACCAGCGGGACAGCACCAGGGAGCCAUCCCCGAGGGCAGCUGGCGGCCGGGCAGCUGAUCCACGGAAGAAAAUCCACUUCAAGGUGAUCCGGAGCCCUGGGGACUUGCUGCAGUUCAUCGAGGAGCUGAAGGAGACCACCAGGAAGGCCAAGAAGAAGGCGAGCGAGGAGGAGGAGGCAGCGGCGAAAUCUCCCCCGGCCCCGCCUGGCCCCGCAGAGCCCCCCAACCCCGAGGCACCGCCUGACCCCGAGGCCUCCCCCACGGGGGUGGCGAGGCUGAAGGAGGAGGUGAAGAGCCAGAUGGAGCAGGAGUUCGACAGCAUCAUCAGCGAGGUAGAGGAUGAGUUGGAGACCGAGGGGCUGAAGGGGGAGUUUGACCGGACCCGCGCAACGCGAACCCUUGCGUCCACCCUGACGCGGCUGAUGGACCGGCUGGACAGGGCUGACCCCCAGCACGAGCUCCCCGAGCCCCACCACGACCCUCCCGGGCCCCCCCCCGCUCCCGGGGGGCACAGAGAGGAGGAGGAGGAGGAGGAGGAGGAGGGGGGAGCAGCGAGGAAGGGCAGCCCCAGGCUCCCCAAGGACGGGCGGGUGCGGGUGCGGAUGAGCAGGGUCGGGAACCGCGAGGCGCCCCAGGACCGGGAGCCUUCCCAGGGCAAGCAGGAGCCUCUCCAGGAGGAUCAGGAGCCCCCCCGGGAAAACCAGAGCCCCCCACAGCUGCCGCAGGUGGAGAACGAGGUGCGGGAGUUGCUGGCCAAGGAAGGGCUGCGGGCUGAAGGGAAGAUCGAGAUCAAGAUCGUGACGGCGUCGUCGGGGGGCGAGGAGGAGGAGGCGGCGCAGUGGCUGUCGGAGGAAGAUUCCCGGAGCCUGAAGGAGAUUUUCCUCAGCAUCCUGGGCACAGAGGAGGCGCAGAAGGAGCGGCGGCGGCAGCAGGCACUGGAGGACAAUUAUCGCUUCGUGUGGGGGGGCCGCGAGGAGCCCCCUCCCCCCGCUGACUCUGAGGACCAAGACUUCUGAUCCCCCAAAUUCCGCUCCCUUAAAUCUUGAAUGUCCCCCCAGAAUUGUGGCUCUCUCCCUGCUGUGGGACUGGGCACGGGACACCGUGAGACCUUUGGUGUCCCCCACCCAGGAGGGACCCGCCCUGGGGGAGGUUUCUGUGACCCCCGGGGGUCCUGCCCUGCUGGGGGAGGUCCCUGUGACCCCCGGGGGUCCUGCCCUGCCGUCGGGUGCGUUUGUGACACGGAUGAACUGGGGGGGGGGGAGGAA